GCCCAGUGUUUUCAGUGAGACAGCCAGCCGCAGCCUGACCCGUGCACGCCAACUGGACCCGACCAGCAUCGCGCAGCCACCGCCGACAUAAACAAAUAGUGCAACCCCUACUCGCGUAACCGUCACUUUGACAGCUCGAUUCUUUAGCGGCUUUGAUCCCAUUCUUCACGACCCCUGCCGCGAGUUGUAUGUCUCUGGGGCCAGAUUUGCGCGCUCCAUUAUUGUCAUUCGUCCGACCCCAUCGUUAUACAAAUUUAAACCGAUAUCAAAUGUUUGACACAACAUUAAACGUGCUGACCCUUGGCAGCAGGUUUACAGUGUCGGCGCGCGGUGACGUUAGCAGCUACUUCAACACACAAAUGGUGCUCGACCUUAACGAAGAGUCGGGCGAGCUCAUCAAAUCGCCCUCCCCGCCGCCCAGCCACGAUGGGUCGGCGAGCGGCGAGGGCGAAGGCGAGGGCGAGGCGAGCGGCGACGAGCGGCCUCCGUCGCCGCCGCGCGCGCCGUCCGCGCCCCUCCCUCACCCCUCGCACCCUCACCACCCCGCGCACGCCCAUCACCACGCGCACGCGCUGCCGCUGCCGCUGCACGCGCCGCAGCCGCCGAAUGUAUUCGGUGGCAGCGGCGCGGGCUCGGCGCUGGCGCAGCUCCAACACCUCCUCCUCACACAGCACGGUGCGCAUUCGCUACUGUUACACACACAGGUACAGCAAGCAGUGGCGCAGGCGGCGGCGCAGCAGCUGCAGCAGCUGCAGGCGCGCGCGGCGGCCGGCGCGCACGCCGCGCACGCGCACCUCGCGCCCGACCGCACCAUCGACCUGCACGAGGGUCGGUCACCAAGUCCUCGGCGCACGCCUCCCGGCGCAGGCGCGUUCCUGACGCCGAUGACGCCGGGCUCCGGCCGCGCGCGCUCGCCGCUCCACGCGCACGCGCACGCGCACACGCCCCUGCACGCGCACGCUCACAAGCCGCGAGCGCUCGAGCCCGCCGCCGACGACACUGCUGACCUUGAGGAGCUGGAACACUUCGCGAAGACCUUUAAACAGCGCAGAAUCAAGCUCGGAUUCACUCAAGGUGACGUGGGUCUAGCAAUGGGCAAGCUUUACGGGAACGACUUUUCCCAAACGACGAUCUCGCGCUUUGAGGCGCUGAACCUGAGCUUCAAAAACAUGUGCAAGCUGAAGCCGCUUUUGCAAAAGUGGCUGGAAGACGCAGACUCGUCGCUGGCGGGCGGCGGAGGCGGCGGCGCGCCCGGGCCCGGCGCGCUAGCCGAGGCCGUGGGCCGCCGCCGCAAGAAGCGCACCAGCAUCGAGUCGGGCGUGCGCGUCGCGCUCGAGAAGGCCUUCCUGCACAACCCCAAGCCCACUAGCGAGGAGAUCUCCGCGCUGGCCGACGCGCUCGGCAUGGAGAAGGAGGUGGUCCGCGUCUGGUUCUGCAACCGCCGCCAGAAGGUAAAGCGCACGCGCCACGAAUCCGACGUGAUGGCCGGCGUCGCGCCGCCGCUCACUAACGCCGCUUGUUGGGGUGUGCAGGAGAAGCGUAUCAACCCGCCGCCGGGCGAGAGCGCGGGUCCCGGCGCGCUGUCGCUGUCGCUGCCGAGCGCGCUGCACGCCGCCGCGCUGCAGCCGCUGGCGCUGCUGGCGCGGCGCCCGGCGCCCGGCGACUGACCCGCGCGUUGAUCACGCGCCGCCCUCACAUAUCCCGUCGCUGUAAAUAGGCGCCGCCGCCACCCGCACUGUACAUACGCAUAUUAGCGGGUGGGCGAGCAGCGCCGGCUAGUCCGUAAGUCUAUCUUAUAAUGUGAAUUCUAUUUAUGUUUAGUGGAGCUGCGGCUCGGAGUGUAGGCCCUCGAGCGAUGCGCGCCCGCGGCCCCGGUGCCGCGGUCAUAUCAGUAGCGCGCCGCGCGUGCGUGUAUGUACGGUGGAUGUGUAGAAAACUAUCUAUAUGUUACAAUAAAAGAUGAUAGAGACUAUUA